UCAGGGGGCUGCGUGUUUCCGGAGGACGUGGCGACUACUCCUGGCGCUCCUGAGGCGGCUCCGGCUUCUCCUCGGUUCUUUGUCCGGCUGGCGCGGCUCCCACCGACAUCAUGAUUUCCCUCACGGAUACGCAGAAAAUUGGGAUGGGUCUUACAGGUUUUGGAGUGUUUUUCCUUUUCUUUGGAAUGAUCCUAUUUUUUGACAAAGCACUUUUAGCUAUUGGAAAUGUUUUAUUUGUGGCUGGCCUGGCUUUCGUGAUUGGUUUAGAAAGAACCUUCAGAUUCUUCUUCCAGAAACACAAAAUGAAAGCCACAGGUUUCUUCUUAGGUGGUGUAUUUAUAGUCCUUAUUGGCUGGCCUCUGAUAGGAAUGGUCUUUGAAAUUUAUGGCUUUUUCCUCUUAUUCAGGGGCUUUUUCCCUGUGGUGAUCGGUUUUAUUAGAAGAGUGCCAGUUCUUGGAUAUCUGUUGAAUUUACCUGGUAUAAGCUCACUUGUAGAUAAAGCUGGAGAAAGCAACAACAUGGUAUAAUGAUUGACAAAGGUCCUGAAGACUGGUUCUAAAUUUAUAUUAUUUAUAAAGCCUUCCUGAAGAUAAGUCAGUCCAGCACAACAAUUUUGUUGAAUACAAAGGCAACGUUUGUAAUGGUCUUUGAAGUAAGUUUCCAAUUUACACCAUAGUAUACAAUAAACAUAUUUAGUAUAUAAAAAAAAGGAAGCAAAUUUGCAACCCAAGACUUGGAGCACCAGGAAUGCUGUGAACUAAACUGAAGAAAAAGUCAUGAAAUAUUAAAACUAUUCAAGACUUCUUAGUAUUUUUGGAGUACAAGCUAAGUGCAGCAAACCUCCCAUGGAAUUAACAGUGCCUGUAAUUUUUACCUCCUAUGUCUGAAGGUGUAAUAGAGUGAUCAAGGGUCAGUUGGUAAGGUGUGACCCUUCUUUCUUCCUGCCUGCCAAAUUUCCCACUUCCUCCCCUCUUUGGAAGAAAAAAAAAAUCUCCCAAAUGUUUCUUCUGUUGAAAGCAAGACAGCUUCCUUAAGCAUGACUCACAUGGUGUUUAAGAUGGAUUCUCAUUUUUAACAAUAGCAGAAGACUUCAUCACACAGCUUCAGCUGUAUAAAUCUCUCUGUAAAUAGAUGCUGAAAUAAAUCUUUGUAGAAAAAUGUUUAAAGCCAAAUGUAAAUUUUCAUUAAUGGUAUCUUUACCUUUGGAAUAUGCAAAAAACAACCACUUUUUUUGUACUGAACUUCAGUCUUAAACCAUUCCUGGGUUUGAUAAAUGUUUGGUUUGGCAGGGAAUGGGGAAACCCGUUUUACACUCCUUUAUCCACAUGACUGGUAAGUAUUGGAAACAAGAAGUAACCUUUUCUCAUUGAAUAAACUGUGUGCACAUAAUGUUUAGCUCCUGAAGUGAGUUGCUUUGUUUCAUGAUGUUCACACAGUUUAUGAAACAGGACUUGCCUAGCUAGCCAACUUGUGCAAGGGCAUUUCGAUCCUGAAUCUUGUUUCUGAUUUAGUUAGUUGUAGCCAGCCUAAAGUCCUAAAGCAUGAAGCAUCAUGUUUUGUUUACUGGUAACGCACCUGUCAGACAUCCAGAAGCUAGAUUUGAAGCACUGAGUUUAAGCAUCCUAUUCUUAUUCUGAGGGAGCAUGUUACAAAGCUAACUUAUUGUGUAAAUAACUUUUUCUAACCAUCAAACAAAUAACUAAGUCAAUUGUUUGCUGGGAAGUCUCGGGAAAUUAUAUUGGUAGCCUUGAUCAAGUGGCACAUUAAUUUGUUUUUACUUUGACUAUUAGAAACAAUUCCUAUUGCUACAAAUGGCAAGAUUCAGAACCUUUAUGGACAUUCUACUGAUCUGGCAAAAGAGGAAAUGAGAAUGACUUACACAGCGGGAAAAAUCACAUUCUUCCUUUUCUACCACUUUUUGCAGUGGUUCUUGACCCUAAAUUUAUCCUAACAUUAUUUUUGUUGAAGCAGCAUGUUAAUGCAAAGCUAUUGGUUUGUUUAAAUCUCAGUGGUUCAAACAGCCAGACAAACAUUAUCACCUCGGAGUGAAUAAACACUAGCCUACUACUAACCGAUGAUAGGAACUGUUUUUUUCUUUAAAAAUGUAGUAAGUGUUUCUUUAAAUGAUCUUUAUGAUGAGACAAAUCAGUUUUGAGAAGCUGUGAAAAUCAUUUUUGAAUUUUUCCAUGAGUUUCCCUAUUUUAGAGGAGUUAUGAAAAAUGUUCGAUCGUGAUCUCAAAAUAGGCCAUUCCAACUUUGAAACAAAUGGUCCUUGUGUUCUGGAGUAGUUUGAUCUCACAGCGGGCCUGCUGUGAUGUUGGGCCACUUCUAAAAACUUUCAGAACAUCCCGUUUCAGGAUUGGAAUAUUACAUGACGGAAUGUUUGAUGUGCUCCUAUCCCAUUUCUUUGAUUUCAUCUUGGGAGAAGUAUUUCUCAAGAAAGGAUUUUUUUUCUCUAGACAGGUCUGAGGUUGGUCGUUUCCAGUCUUAAAAUAGAUGUAACUAAUCUAAUUAUACCUACAACACUGGUAAAAUGGGGUGUUGUUUUAAGUUGCAAGCUCUGGCUGUAAUCAUCUUUUAAAAAAGGAAAUCCUGUUGCGUUGUAUAGGUCAUGCUCAAGAAAUAAACCUUGGGCAUCUUUGCUAUAUACGCUCUAAUUCCCAUUUGAUAUUUUGGCUAUAGAAGAGAGUUUUUAAGUCACUCCCAUAUUUUAAACCAUUUCAGUUGGAGUUUGUACCAUGGGAGAGAUGCUUAAAAUUUGGAGCAACACACAUAUUAUUCCUAGAGCUAUAAAUUGGGUUUUUUCAGAUGUUAUUGCAACCUCAGGAUUCUUUCCAGAAGGAUCAGGCUGCUAAAUUAUCUUCCUUACUUUUUACAAUGAGGAGUUCCAUUUGAGACUUUGAUUCUGCAACACACUACCAAGUAAGAAGGAUUCUUACUGAAUCAGGAUAAAAAUCUACUUUCCAUCUCUGCUUCUUUUCCACAUUGUGAAGGUAGCAGAGAAAGACAUUGCUUCUAGUCAUGCCUGGGCAUCAUCUCAUCAAGACAUAUUGUCUGACUCCACCAUUCAAUUAAUCAUACCCAUGUAACAUUCUGAUGACUUAGUCUAGUUUACUUAAAUGUAGGUGAGGCAUUUGUUAAAUAGUAAAGACGCCAUGGUGCUCUAGAAAAUAAAGCGAAGACAAUUUGCUUCUUACACUGCCUGGUUUAGAAGGCAUCCUUUUAUUUUUCUGAGUUUCACAUUAAAAUUCAAAACACCUUUUUUUAAAAAAAUAGAAGCACUGUCAAAGUUUUUAAGUGAGCAGAAUGCGAGCAUCAAGUACUACUCACUUGUUUUGCAACACUCUACAAAACCCUGUAAAGCUGCUUAUGAACCAAUAGAAAGUUGUAAGAGUGGAUAGGAUAUUUCACUUUCACUGCUCUUCCGCAGAAAGGAAGGGUCCACAGAACUUGACUUGGUUCAAACUAGUUUGCUAUGCUAUGCGGAUAAAGCAUGCUGCAUCUGUACGUUUAUGUUCAGGCAGCCAGGGAGCAAAGUAUAAUACUUGCAACUUCUAAGAUGCUACCCCUUAGCAGAUAGAAAAUCAGUUUUUACAGCAUUGGUAUUAUGAUAGAAGAUGAUGACUGGAUGAUUCUUUAACUUUAAGGCUAUCUUAUGUUUGUUUACUUGGGAAUCAUUGUGCUGCAGUUCACGAGGCUCAUUUCCAAGUAAGCAUGUCUAGGUCUGAGAUUCAUAUGAUGUAAUCAUUUACGGAAAUAAUAUCUUCUGUAACAAAUAAGAUUUCCCCAUUGAAAUGUAAUUCUUGAUUGCUGCUUAAAAAAUCACAUAAGGACCUUGUUCUGGAAAAUAUAUUGUAAAUAUACUUGUCAUACCUUGAAUAAAUGGGUACUUUUUCUACUAA